GAUUUUAGACUAAUCCAAAUAUUAGGGACCAUUUCUGUGAUUUCCUGCUGUUUCUUACAUGGAUCAUUUCUUUCCUGAAGAUUGAUCUAUCUGCUUGGCUCUUACCAGUCUUAUUCCUUUCAGAUUUCAAGAUCCUCUUUAGUCUUUCUCUUCUCCACGUUGAUCUCCGCCAUCUGUCCCGAUACAGGAUAAAGGAAACAAGACAUUCCACUUUUACUUGAUUCGCUAGAGGCUAAAAUAUUUCGGAUCUGAAGAAGCUAGUCACAAUGACAAUUGAGAAUGCUGAGCUCACGACGGAGCAGGUUUUGAGAAGGGAUAUUCUAUGGGACACUUACAUGACCACGAAGCUGAUCACCGAAACUGGUCUUCAGCUGUUGAGGCGUUAUGAUAAAAAGGCUGAAAGUGACAAAGCUCAGUUGCUGGAUGAUGAUGGUCCAGCUUAUGUCAGUGUGUUUGUUACCAUUUUACGAGAUAUCUUCAAGGAAGAAACUGUGGAAUAUGUUUUAGCUUUGAUUGAUGAAAUGCUUACAGCAAACCCAAGAAGAGCGAAAUUAUUCCAUGACAACUCUUUUGCCAAUGAAGACACUUAUGAACCUUUCCUUAGAUUGCUUUGGAAAGGUAAUUGGUUCAUACAAGAGAAGAGCUGUAAGAUUCUCUCUGUGAUAGUGAGUGCUAGGCCAAAAGUUCAGAAUGGUGUUGAUGCAAACGGAGAUGCUGCCAGUUCAAAGAGGAAACUCACCACCGCUGAAGAUGUUCUGAGAGGCCUGGUUGAGUGGCUAUGCGCGCAGCUGAGAAAGCCUUCUCAUCCUAGCUGUAGCAUUCCCGCUGCCAUCAAUUGCCUUGCAACUCUGUUGAAGGAACCUAUUGUUCGAUCUUCAUUUGUUCAAGCUGACGGAGUGAAGCUGCUUGUUCCUUUAAUUACACCAGCAUCUACUCAGCAGUCCAUUCAGCUUCUCUACGAGACAUGCCUAUGCGUCUGGCUUUUGUCUUACUAUGAACCUGCAAUUGAGUACUUGGCUACUUCUAGGGCCCUACCUCGAUUGACAGAAGUUGUUAAAGGUUCGACAAAGGAGAAGGUCGUCAGGGUUGUUAUCUUGACUCUUAGGAAUUUGCUUUCCAAAGGGACAUUUGGUGCUCAGAUGGUAGACGUGGGAGUGCUGCAAAUUGUACAGAACCUGAAAGCGCAGGCUUGGAGUGAUGAGGACCUUUUGGAUGCUCUGAAUCAACUUGAAGAAGGAUUGAAGGACAACAUUAAAAAAUUGAGUUCAUACGACAAGUACAAGCAGGAAGUCCUACUUGGCAAUCUUGAUUGGUCUCCUAUGCAUAAAGAUCCUCUAUUCUGGAAGGAGAAUAUAAAUAAUUUCGAGGAGAAUGGAUUCCAGAUCUUGAGAGUGCUUAUGACAAUCUUGGACACAUCAAGUGAUGCAAGGACACUCGCUGUCGCUUGCUACGAUUUGUCUCAGUUCAUUCAAUGCCAUCCUGCCGGGCGAAUCAUAGUGGCCGACCUCAAAGCUAAGGAACGCGUAAUGAAACUAUUGAACCAUGAAACUGCAGAGGUCACGAAAAAUGCAUUGCUUUGCAUCCAGAGGCUUUUCUUAGGUGCCAAAUAUGCCAGCUUUUUGCAGGCUUAAAUUAUCUUCAUUUGGCUUCAUUCUUCAGACAAAACUAUACAUAUCUUGUUAUUUUCUUAGGUCAUGUUCUAUUUAUUCAUUUUAUCUUAUUGUUUAAUGGGAUUGGGUCUCUAUUUUUUCAAGGUAGAAGUAAGGUCUGCGUACGUACUACCUUCCCCAAAUCCCGCUCUUGAGACUACACUGAGUUUAUUGUUGUUCUUUAAUGUGAUUGGAGCGACAUUGACAGUGAGAAUUCAUAUAGCCGAUCCCAGCUUAUUUUGAGA